CCAGAACCUGCAGAGCUGUUUUUCUAUCACCAUUUUCGAAUGAAUUCGUCCAACUUAAUCGAAUCUCGUUAAUUCCUAGUGGAAAAUGGAAGCCUUCUCUCCCUGAUGUGGACGCGAUACCUCCACAGCUGCGGUGACCGGUCAGAGCCGUCAUGAGCGAGCCCCGCGGCCGACUGGAGGUGCCGGCGGAGCGGCCCCGACCCCGGCUGCCGCCGCUGACCGCUGCGCUCGACUCCAGCGAUGACUCGGGACGGUACGCCAGCCGGGAGUACCGCAGUCGACAGGCCAAGCGGCGACGGCGGGCCAAGCUGGAGGCCCAGCGCGCCGACCGGACGGCCGCCGGAGACUCGGCCGAUAGCGCCACACUCAGGUCCCACGGUGCGCCGGACGACUCAGCAGCUGGCGACACCACCUACCGGCGUGAGACCUCCUUCGACGCUAGCUACCGGCGCGAGCCGUCUGCCGAGGCCAGCGGCCACCGACGCGACCUGUCGGGCGACCUCAGCUACCGACGCGACCUCUCCGGCGACCUCAGCUACCGACGCGAGCUGUCGGGCGACUCGUCCCGUCGCGAGGGGGCGCUGGAGCUGGCCUCCGAGCCGGCUGAGAUGUCAAUCACUGACGAGCUCUCUAGAUUAGGUGAGGAGGUGCGCUCGGGCAGCGAGGCCGGCGGCGACCUGCCGCCCAGCCUGCUGCCAGAGCACGUCCCCCAGCCGGCCGUCACCAAACUCUAUAUCGAGAAGGGCAGCCGGUUCCACGCGGCCAAACGGCAGACGGCGACUCGCUCCGCCGGCGCCGCCUACUCCAAAAAGUCUCAGGCACGCGCCGUGGACCUGGCACUGCAAACACAGCGGCUGUUCGCGCCGCUUGGCCGGCUGUGUUUCGGCCUGCUGGCGGGUCUGACGCUGGCGCACCUGAUGUUCGUGGCGGCGCUGACCAGGGACGGCGGGCGUCCUCUCGACUUUGUGUCGCACUACUCGCCCCUGGCGCUGCCGUUCCGUGCGGUGUUCUUCACGAUGUCCGUGGUGUGUUGUGUGGCCGCGCUGGACCGGUACGACGUGAGCCGCGCCUCGGCCGCCCGGCUGCGGCGCUCGCUGACGCUGCAGGACGGCGGCGUCACCGUGCUGCUGUACCUGGCCGUGCUGGCCGUCUCCACCUGCCUGGCGCCUACCGACGACCGGCUGCACCUGUACCGCCGCAACGGCACCGCAGGCCUCUGGGAGUCGACCGCCGCCGUGCGCGGCGACUGCCGGCUCAUGGUGGUGCUGUGCGCCGUGCGGGCCGGCCUGGCGCUGCUCGCCUGGCUGGUGGUGGCCGCCAACCCGGCGCUGGACAGGGUGCUGCAGCACCUGCGUCAGCUCAGCGCCGCCGGCAGGGUAGCGGAGCCGCCGGCGGAGCGGGGCGCGGAGAGGCCGGCCGGCGUGGCCACCAUCUCGUGAAAACAGCUCUACGGAGGAUUGGAGAGACGGAUAGCCGUAUCACACUUGCCAUAAGACUGGAACUCGCCCUCUCAUGCGUACAAAUCGCGGCUUGUUCCUUCCAUUUGAAUGAAUUGCAUAUUUUUUCGCUCCCAGCUCGCAGCUUGCCCCGUGCGAGUUGGGAGUCAGAAAUGUGCAAUUUAUUACAAUGGGAGGGGCGAGACUCGACUUGCACGCAUGCUAGUUGUGAUCCAGCUGACUCCGAGUAUUGCUUAUUGCACGAAUCGCUGAUAAUCGGCAGAACAGAAUCGCGGCGAGUAGGGCAUCGACGUGUUGACUGAGCCAUGCUCUCCUGUCUCGCGAGACAUUUGUGUUGCCAUUGCAUGCCUGACAAUGCGGUCAUCAGGGGUGAAAGGAAACACGUGAUCUCAAUUCAUCUUUUGACAUUCAUCCAUGUUGCAAGCUUCCCAAGUCUUGCCGAUGCUUUGCAGAAGCUUUUUACAAGCGCUUGGAUAUGCAUUGCAGUUUGUAUUGCGUUGUGUUCUUCAGUUUAGUGUAGUGUAGUGGUGAUUUGAACACGUCUCAUCAGGUUGACAAAAUCGGCCUUAGCAAAUUAACAAAAGCAAUCGGUAACAAAUUAACAAUCGGUAGCAAAUUAACAAUUAAUCGGCAUAGGAGCUCAGUAUGACAAUUUCCAAAUCUGCUUGUGCUUGUGUGUUGAGUGUUGUCUGCUUCUGCGCAUCGCUUACUGCAAAAGGAACAAGUGUGACAUUCCCAA